UUACAACGGACUAACACACAUUCACACAGGCACGCAAAAUUACCUGCUUUCUAUAAAUGGUGCUUUGGAGAUUUCAACAUGUUAUGAUCACAUGCGGAAUACGUGCACAAUACUGAGCAAUUUACAAUACAAACUUAAUAAAACAACACGCUCUUGGCUUUAAUGUAAACGCGCGUUCUAUUAAUCGAAGGCAUUUCAUUUUUCCAUCAUGCACCGAAAUCUACGCCUUUUAUUGAUCGCAGUUGUUCUGGUGCCCGCUCUCCUGCUCACCUUAUAUUACACACACGAGGAUUUCUGGGACAAAACCUCCCAGCAGAUACUGAGCUUGACAAAAUCCACAAGUUGUUACAGUGAACCACUGACCCAGAAUCCCCACAAACCAAACAUAGGGUCGUUUCCCAAUGACAACCCUCUGCCCUGCACCUGCCAAGUUACCGAGCCAGCAAAGCAGCACGUCCCAAAAGAUGAGUUGGAAGAUCUCCAGAGACGCAGAGCAGAAGAGUACAGACAACAUCAGAUCAGAACGGGCAAACAGAAUGAUGUUCUUCUACUUGCCCCUUCCAACACCCCUCUCCAGUAUCCCAUCAGAGGAUUCAGAGUAUUGCCCAUGAAUAAAACUCUCAUUCCUGGUCUAGCUCUUCACGCACAAAACCGAACAAUUUACGAGGUGUCGCUGAGGGUGGGGAAAGGUGUGCUGUCAGUAAUGGAUGUUCAGGAAGGAGAGGACGUGGACGGACAGAAUGAGAGAAAUCUGACCAUCUCAUCCACCGACCUUGAGAAACUCAAUGAUCUGCUGAGCCGAGUGACCUACACCAGCACCGUCUACCACAUCAAGACCGAAGAUCUCGCUUACUUCUCUUUUGAGAACCAUGAGGUAAUUUUCCCAAUCGAGAUCAGACGUCCAUCAGUCCCUGUUCUUUAUGAUCCGGGGAGGGAUAUAAACUCUCAGGUGACUGUGCUGGUGAAAGCUUUUUUGAGAUAUAAAGAACUGAGAGUUCUUAUUAAGAGUAUUCGUGUGAACUACCCAAACCUAAAGAUCAUUAUUGCAGACGACAGUCAUAACCCAGAGAAGAUUGAUGGAGACAAUAUAGAGCAUUACAUCAUGCCUCCAGCACAGGGUUGGUUUGCAGGCAGAAAUCUGGCAGUAUCACAAGUCACCACUAAAUACUUCUUAUGGGUGGAUGAUGACUUUCUGUUCCUGAAUGAGAUGCGUAUAGAGAGUUUUGUGAAGAUCAUGGAAGCCGUUCCUGAACUAGAUGUGGUUGGUGGUGAGGUUGAUGGAAAUCGGUUUGCCUUUAAAUUGCUCUAUCAAGAGGGAAACAGCGAUGAAGGCGGCUGCAUCACACGUGUCAGAGCAACACACGGACCCGUGCCGGGAUUGGACGGGUGCUUCUUCGUCGAUGGAGUCGUCAACUACUUCAUGGGCCGAACGGAUGCUGUGCGAAGGGUCGGUUUUGACCCGUUCCUCAAAAGGGUGGCUCACACUGAAUUCUUCAUCGACGGACUGGGAGGUUUGUUAGUCGCCACCUGCGAAGGUCUCCGAAUUGGCCACCAGGAACGCAAGGUCACAGGAGAUUAUAAUAAGUACAGGUUUCCGCCGAAAAGUGAUUCGGAUCAAAAAAAUAAUCACCAUUUCUUCAAGAAUCAUCUCAAAUGUAUCAAGUAUUGAGGAGAAUUACAGAUGUCCCGUCCUACAACACCCAACUCCUCACAUUGAUAAAAAAAGAAUAAAAGGUGACUUGAGUGAAA